AUGAGUGCCCGAGUCAGAUCAUCCGACCCCCCGGAAACGGACUUAGAUUACUACGCCAGGCCUGAGAACUACACAGGAAGCAGUCUGAAAUCUUUGACACGAUUUUUGGCUGCCAAAGAAAGGGAAAUCACUCUAGGGACAACAGAGACAAAAACAGAUCCGACACUGAAAGACCAACAACUGCUGUACAGAAGAUAUCAUCACAUCCUUCCGGCGGAUUUCUGCCGCCCCUCACCAAGCUCGGCAGACGACAAAGAACCUCCUGAUAUACUCAUAGUGAGUCCGUCUGCGGCAGUACGAGAAGACAACCCCAGCACACUGUUUAACAAUGCGGAAGACAACAGCAGCAAUGACUCAAAGAAACACCACAAUGAUGGCUCAGAGAUACCGGAAAUUCCCCCCGCGCUGGCACCAAACGAGGGCACCAACUCGGCAUUCAUCACUCACUUAACUUUGGCCAACAGCGCCACCAGACUCUCUUCCAGGAGAAGUAGCCUCGCGUCCGUCAGGUUCGGCUCGUCCAGGAGCAGGCCAUCAAGUGGUCUGUGUGCAACACGCCGAUUGGCUCUGGCCGAGAAGUUCAAGAAACUUUCAAUUGCUGUCAAAAAUGUAUUAAAAUUAGCUAAGGCUAUUAUCAAAACCUCAGACAGCACCAGUGCUCUCCUCAAGACGUUCACCAGCUUGUCCAAAGAACAGGAUGCAGACAACGACGAGUCAUCCAAAGAGCACAUGAAAAGUUAUGGCCUACACUUUGACCCCUCCUAUUUCAAGGCCAAUCGAGAGAUCUCCCUGAGUAGUGAAGUUAGAGGCAUCCUAGGGCUACAUCCAACAGACAGGACCCCGGAACGAAUACAGACGGCAAUGUUCGGGCUACAGAGCAUUCCAUCGUUCGCAGAAUACCCACUACACAUGCAGGAAAAACUGGCCAAAGUUGCCUGGUUGGACAUAGUCACGCCAAACCGUACCAUCAUACGACAGGGUCAUUUCGCUGAGAACUUUUACUUCAUCGUCACUGGUCAAGCGCUGGUGACCAUCCAUAGACCAGGGGACACCUCGGCUCAGACGGCGGCCAUGAUGAGAAAAGGCACGAGCUUUGGUGAGCUGGCCCUACUGCACCACUCCCGGAGAACCGCCACCGUCACGAGUCACGAUACCGUCACACUGUUGUCCGUGGGUCGGGAAGAUUUCUUCGAUAUUUUCAUGUCCAGGCAGGGGAUCGGUGAGACCCCAGAACACAUCAGGUUCAUCAGCCAACUGGAGUUUAUGAAAGAUUGGCCUUUGGAGCGGUUGUUAGAAAGACCUGACCAAUGUCUCUUGCAUUUUUUCAAGCGGAACAUGGUGAUCCUAAAAGACAGCACGGCCUCAGACUGGCUCUAUGUGGUCAAGUCCGGCUCGUGUCAAGUUCUGAAACAACUGAAAGGCGUCACGGCCCGUGUUGGCAGGCCCAGAGAGCCUACAUUUAGAUCCAUUUCGAGGCUCGACAGAACGGAAACGACUUCACACCAAGCAUCAAGAAAUGACAACUCGUCUUCGAAAAAGCUAAGAACAUCGAACAGCAUUAAAAAGCACAAUCAGAGCUCCGCGCCGGGUGAAAAUAGUCAUUCAGACAGCAGGGUUCGUACUUGUGCGAGAUCAUUAAAAUGUCAGCAGGGUUCAAGGUCAUCGAACACACCUCGUGUCCCACAAGAUGAAAACAAGACGGGUAGGAGAACCACACAACCAGACCCGAGUAAAACCCACCAACCCACCACCAGCAUUAGUCAGACUCGUCACUACAACCAACCGGUGUUUGUACAGAUUGAACUCCUCAAACCCAUGGACGUUUUUGGUCUUGACAGAGUAAACUUUAACAGCAACUUGGACACAGAUUCCACCAGUGUUAGUUUGGUUAGUUUGGGGGCUGAGUGCAUUAUGCUUUCCAAGGGGUUUUUCAUGAAGCAUGCCAAUGACAAGGUCAAGAAAAGAUUUUCUGAAAUUGUACAGCCCUACCCCAAUGAGGCCACCCUUCAGGAGAGUUUACAGCACAAAGUGAAUUGGGAGCUUUAUAAAAGAUCCAUUCUAGUGAACGCAUCGCCAAAAUUACGCCGCCUUCAAGGGAAAUCACUUCCAUCUUUUUAGCAACAAUUUACAGUUUAGUUAACUG